AUGAUUAUGGCUAAUAUAAGCUCAAUGAAUGGAUUCCUCCUCAUGGGGUUUUCUGACAUUUGGGAGCUACAGAUUUUACAUGCUUUGCUGUUUUUACUGGUGUAUCUAUUAACCUUAACAGGUAACCUCAUCAUUAUCAUCAUCACCACUCUGGACCAGCAUCUCCAAGCCCCAAUGUAUUACUUCUUAAAGCAUCUUUCCCUCCUGGACGUUUGUUUCAUUUCUGUCACAGUUCCUCAGUCCAUUGACAAUUCUCUGAUGAAUGAUGGCUCUAUGUCACAAGAUCAGUGCAUAUUGCAAGUUUUCAUCUUCACAUCUUUGGCUUGGGCUGAGGUGGCCAUUCUCACAGUGAUGUCUUAUGACCGCUAUGCCGCCAUAUGCUUCCCACUACACUACGAGGUCAUCAUGAAUCCUAGGAAGUGUCAGUGGGCUGUGAGAGCCGUAUGGUUAAGUGGAAGCAUCUGUGGAAUCUUGUACACAACAACCACAUUUUCCAUCACAUUCUGUAAAGCCAAAAUAAUUCACCAGUUCUUCUGUGACGUUCCCCAGUUGCUAAAGCUCUCCUGUUCCAAUGAUUACCUUGGAGUGAUUGGAGUGUCAGGUUUCAUAUCUGUGAUGGCAUUCAUGUGCUUCACCUCCAUUGUCCUCUCCUAUAUCCACAUCUUCUCCACAGUACUAAGAAUACCUUCUGAUGAGGGAAGAUCCAAGGCCUUCUCUACCUGCCUGCCUCACCUCUUUGUUGUCUCAUUUUAUCUCUCCAUGGCUGCCUUUGCAUUUCUAAAACCAACCUCAGACUCUCCAACUGCUUUUGAUCUUAUAAUUUCUAUGUUUUAUACUGUGAUCCCCCCGAUGAUCAACCCUAUUAUCUAUGGUCUGAGGAAUGAGGCCAUGAAGGAAGCUUGCAGAAAGCUAUUGUUGGGUGGACAAUUCACCAAGAAAACACCAUACUUGUCCUGUUGCUUCUGA